CAACAAGUGCUUCAUGGGAGGAGAUAGCUGCUCACCAUAAAUAAAGCUGAGAGCUGAAGUGGAAAGGAAGGUUCAGCUCUAGUCUGCGCUCUGCUCUGCAUUUUCCCCUUCAGCACUGUUAUCACAAUUAGCACCAUGGACAGCGGCUUUCUCAAGCUGGAUGCUGCAGAGUUCUUGGAGAUUUGGCUGCGUUUUGACUCUGAUGACAAUGGAUACAUUGAAGGCAAAGAGCUUGAUGAUUUCUUUUGUCACCUUCUUAAAAAACUAGGCACGAAUGCAAUUACUGCAGAGAAAGUCCAAAGGGUGAAGGAUCGAUUCAUGUCUGCAUAUGAUGUCACUUCAGAUGGCCGCCUACAAAUACAAGAGCUUGCAUAUAUGAUUUUGCCAGAGGAUGAAAACUUUCUGUUACUUUUCCGCAGAGAAACUCCUUUGGAUAACAGUGUGGAAUUCAUGCGAAUUUGGCGGAAAUAUGAUGAAGACAGCAGUGGAUAUAUCUCUGCAGUGGAACUUAGGAAUUUCCUACAGGAUCUUUUUUCACAACACAAAAAAUGUAUUACUCCUGACAAACUGGAUGAAUACACUGAUACUAUGAUGAAACUGUUUGAUAAGAAUAAAGAUGGUCGUUUGGAUCUAAAUGACUUGGCAAAGAUUUUAGCACUUCAAGAAAAUUUUCUACUCCAGUUUAAAAUGGAUGCAAGCAGUCAAGAUGAAAGAAAAAGGGACUUUGAAACUAUUUUUGCGCACUAUGAUGUAAGUAAAACAGGAGCACUUGAAGGUCCUGAAGUUGAUGGAUUUGUCAAAGAUAUGAUGGAACUAGUGAAGCCAAGUAUCAGUGGUGUGGACCUGGAUAAAUUCCGUAAGAUUCUACUAAACCAUUGUGACGUGAACAGAGAUGGUAUAAUCCAGAAGUCUGAGCUGGCUUUAUGUCUCGGUCUGAAAAUAAGCCUAUGAAGUGACGGAGAAUCUGCCUUUUUGUGCCUCUUCUUAUGUCAGAACUUGCUGGCUUCAGAGUAACCAUGUUCUGCUACAGAUCGUUGUCACACUUCGUGAUUGUGGAGUUAGCAGCAACUACAAGUUAAAUGCAUGAGUAGACACAAUUUGAGUGCAUGAAAGGCUUUUGAUGACUUCUAAUGUUCCUAGCAAAACUGUUUUGUAUCUAUGAUUAAAAAAAACUGAGAUUUCCUUUUAAAGCAGCAUUUUUUUUCUCAAUGACAAUCUAGUGAAAGCAAAAACUGCUAAUAUGUUUCAUUUUAAUCCUAGCUGUAAUAUUUGUUGCAAGUAUAAGUUUUAAUUAAUUGCAGCACUUGUUAAGUACAUGUGCUUUUUGCCAUCUUGCACUGUUGUGGAACAAUAAAGUCCUAUGCUCUUUUU